CAAAGAUUGUAUAGCUGUAUCAUUAGGCAUGGACUAUGCUACAGAUGAUGCACUCUUGUUACUAGUUAGAUUUCCUUUGACAUUAAGCUAAUCUUGUAAGUGCGACUUCCAAUCAUUAAUGUGGAUUACAUAGACAGUGGCAAUUAAUGUGUAUGAGAUAUAUUGAGCGAUCGAAAUCAUUUAAGUCUGGGAGUGACAUUUGAUAUUUCUUUUCGAUUAGCAUCAGGUUAUAUAUGGCGACUGGUUUCUUGGAUAUCCAACAUUUGAACUUCAGUUCUUUUGUGGAUGCGAACGUUUCCUUCUUUUCGACUUACUGAUUUUGAUAUGAACUUAUUUGAGGCGGACCCAGAUGGCAAAUGAAUGAAGAUUUCAACUUUGAUGACAUUAAGUGGACAUAUAUUUAACGGUGUGAUUAACUUACAGAAAUAAAAAUAAUAUAAUAAUUCCAGGAAAAGCAGAUUCAAAUUAAACGAUAUAAACAUUGACGUCGCCAAGCAGGGACACAAUAAUAUAUAAGAUAUAAUUCAUCCGAAGAAAAUUACGUUACUUCUAAAAACAAACUGAAUAAAGAUUUUCCUAGUAGUAAAAUGAGCGUGUGUUUAAGUGCUAUAGACGAACAGCUGGGCGGAAAAUGGGAGCUGGAUCGCUCAGAGAACUUUGACGAAGCUUUACAGGAAAUGGGUCUGAAUGUUGUGUUCAGAAAACUAGCGAGCCAUGCCAAACCAAGUAUGGAGAUCGAACUGGAGGAUGGGAAGGUCAAGAUCAACGCCAAGGCCGCCUUCUUCACACAAACCAUGGUGUUCCCCAUCAAUGAACCGUAUGAGCAGGAGUUUGAAGGAAUCAAGAUGAAGUGUAUGACAAAAUGGGAAAACAACAAGCUGGUAACGGAGGCAAUACCGGAAGAGCCAGACAAACAUAAAGCACAGAAAUUCCACAGAGAGCGAGUCAACGACGAACUUGUACAGACGAUGUUUAUAGGCGAUGUAGUUUGCACGAGAGUAUUCAAGCAGCAGAAGUGAUAACCUGACGACAUCUAUAACCGGAUUAUUUUCGACAUUUGAUAACUCGAUGUUGUGAAGCUAUCGAUACAAUGCUGACAAAAUAUUGAAUAGUUAAAAAUCUGUGGUGAUUUCAGAAUUUAAAUAUUUACUUUUUGCUGCGGUUACCAGCUAUUAAAGGAAAUACCAGACGCAAUGGGAUUGUAUAAAUCGAAAUUGCAACGGCUUUAUCUUUAGAUGUUUUCUUUGCCAUUGAAUUGUGCAUUGAUUUAUUAAUUCUGCAAACAAAAGAUAUUACUUUAAAUGUUUACAAUACAUUAUGUGUUCACUUUAGUUCAUUAAGCGUCAGACAGACAAUAGCAUAGCAGAAAAAAUUAUAAAAAAGUAUUAUUUGUAUUCCCAUAUUGGCAAUGUUUCAACCCUUGUAUAAAUAAAACGGACUUUUAAA